GAGCUUGCGGUGCACACAAGGCUAUUGUUUUCAGCGUGCAGGAAGCACAAGGGCAGCUUCCUCGCGGGGUUUGUCGAUGCGAGUUUUGACAAUAUAUGGAGGGGAAGGGUUCGCGCAUGACGUGAAAAGUUCACACGGAAGUCGCUUGGUAACGCCAACAUUUGCUACGCUCCAAGCUUCCAUGUGGGCUACAACCAUGGUAUUGCGCCCGGAGCGCGGGCUUAGGCGCGUGUGAGCAGACGAGCGACUGUGUCCCUGGCUGGAUUCUCGGCAACGCUACUGUAUAGGAAACAUACGAGUAUACAAGGAUAUGAGUGCAUUAUACGUAAACCCCCGUUUGAGAAUGCCGAGCUAACCGUCGGCCCCCGCCAAAGCUUUUCCUCGACCAAUAUCAUCCCCCAUGACACGGUAUCAGAAAAGACGACUACGCUCUACUAAAAAAACACUUAAUUUGUAGGCUCGUACGCCCGCCUUUUCCUUCGCGCCAAUCCGGCUUCCCUCACUCGAUAAAAGCCAGCUCGCCAGCCAUUUGAAUGUUCAUAAGUCAGGCGUGCUCGCCGGGUACAUAGGUGCAAACUCACGAGCCGGCUAAGGCCCUUGUGUCGCCGUUCGACUGCGCUGACGAAUCGUCGGGUUGUCGCACCUCCAUACGCACCUCCACACGCGCAUCCUCUCGAGCACCCGGUGGGCUUCUGGUAACGCAAUGCGCUCAUCGAGCGCGUGUGCCGGGCCUUUGGCCCUGGCCGUGCUAGUGGCUGCGCUCGCAUGCGCGUCCGCGUCCUCACGCGUCGCCCUCUACAUGAGCGAGUCUGACGGCGUCCUUGAUCUCAAGUGGAACAACGGUCCUAGCAACCUGCAGAAGCAGCUGGUUCAGGCUGGCUUUGACCUGAAGGUCGCCGCUGAUGGCCAGCCCCGCCUGACCGGCGUGGACGCCUACGUUAUCCCCGCCCAGAACGGCCACACCUUCUACUCUGCUGCUGAGGACAUGUCGGCGGUCGCCAGCUUCGUCGAGAACGGCGGCCUGGUUGUGAUGCUCGGCGGUAAUGUGGAGGCUGACCGCGAGUUCGUCGCCAAGGCACUGGGCUACCAGGGCUCUUGGUCCGCGUGCAAGCACGCCGGCUGCAACUCCAAGUCGUCCCAGGGCGUGCCGCUGCUGGCGGAGCAGGCUUCCAGCUUCUUCUCGUCCAAGGCCCAGGACGCCUGGCCCGCCUCGCUGGAGGAUGCCAAGACCAUCAGCUUCAACACCUGGUGCCGCCACGAGGACGUUGAGGCCUUCACCAUCCCUCUGUACACCGCUGCUGGUGACGAGACGAAGGUCGCCGCUCAGGCAUUCGGCAAGGCUGGCGUGUCCGGCGCUGUGGUUGUGCUGGGCUACAGCUGGAAGGAGGGCGCCAAGGCCCGCUGGGGCGAGCUGCUGGAGAAGCUGGUGUCUGACUUCGCCGCCGGUGCCUACGUGGUCCCCGCUCAGGGCAACGCUGACGAGCACCCCGAGGCCGUUGACUCCGUUCUGGAGUCCGCCGCUGACGUGGCCGAUGAGGCUGCCGAGGUGGUGCGCCGCUUCCUGCAGAGCGCCGCCGGCACCUACCCCUCCCCCGCGCCCACUCCGUCUCCCUCUCCUUCUCCCUCCCCUUCUCCCUCGGGCACUGCUCCUCCCAGCCCGCCCUCUCCCCCGCUUCCCCCUGGCAUUGCUCUGGUCGUUGAGGACUUCACGAUCACCAUCUCCAACCAGGCCCUCCUCAACAUCACCGACCCUAGCAGCACCGACACACCUGCCGAGGUUGAGAAGCUGGUGAACACCAUCAAGAACCUGCUGUCCGCCUCCGUGGGCCUGCAACCCGAGAAUGUGCUUAUCCGCGGCAUCCGCUGGCGCUACGCCAACGGCACCGUCGUCACCGUUGCCUUCUCAUCCGGUGGCCUGCGCCGCAUGGCUCUGGAGAUGAGCGCCGGCAAGGUGUUCACCCACGACGAGAUUGUGGACAAGUUCGGCACCGCCCUGCCCAUCCGCCGCGCCGUCAUGGAGGCCAGCAGCCCCGCCACCGAGGAUGACCUGCUGCAGCUCCGUGAUGAGGAGACUGAGGCCAAGGCCCAGAUCGGCCAGGCACUGCUGGAGCACCGCCGUGUGCUGCAGACCAACGACGGCCUGGUUGUGGAGAUCCUGUUCACCCUGGUGUACUACACCGAGGUCCCGCUGCCGCCGUCGCCGCCUCCCCAGCCGCCCCUCCCGCCCGGCACCAUCGUCUCUCCUGCCCCGCCGUCGCCUCCCCCCCGCCCUCCUCGGCCGCCGCCGGUGGACCUGGUCGGCGCGCUGAACAACAUCACCAACGGCACCGUCAACAUUGUGCCCUACUUGACCCCCCUGCCGCCCAGCCCGCCCCCGGUCCCGCCGCCGCUGUUCCUCAAUGUCAAGAACAUGACGGGCCAGGGAACCCUGCUGCCCGCUGGCCCCCUGAUCUGGUACGACUCGCCCAACUUCGCUGCCAACAACAAGAACCUCUCCACCACGCAGCUGAUUGACCCUUGGAAGCCUGAGUGCCCGGCUAAGUGCGCCGCCUGCCCCUUCUCCUGGAAGGCCACGGCCGGCAGCCUGGUGGUGCCCAUCUUCUUCAAGGAGCCCAUGAACAUCAACCGCAUCUUCAUCAAGCAGGUCCGCAACUCCGGCGUGGUCAAGGUCCAGUACAUCAAGUGGACCGGCGCGCCCUCGAACGGCAACUACGCCCCCGACCUCGGCCGCGUGAUCUACAACGUGUCCAAGGACGUGUCCAAGUGCCAGUCCGUGCUGUCGAUCCGCGUCGGCCCCGUGAAGAGCGGCAUCAACAUCAAGGUGCCCGCCGGCGGCAGCCAGGCUAACCUGCCCGGCAAGCUCAAGGACAAGGCCGUUGGCGGCGUGCUCAUCACCAUGCAGCGCAUUCCCAGCGCCGGAGCCAACUACGGCCCCUUCGUGGAGUGGGUGCGCUUCCAGGGUCGUGUGCUGUACCCUGCCAGCGUGGGCGUAUACAAGACCGUCCUGGACCGCGCCCGCAAGUAAAUCCGCCUAUUAAGGUUGCGAUAUUACAAAGAAGGGACAGUCCUAUUAAGCGGCUAAGCAAGCGGCGCUGAGUCAUGCGUGACGGACUGCAGCUUAUCUGAGCUGUACCGGACUGCGGCGGAUAUGGGAGCCGCAGCUUGUAGGUUGUAGGUAUGCUCUUAUGGAUACCGAUACCGCACGGAAGUGUCUGCAGGUUUUGCCCGCUGGGAGUGAGCAAGAUAAUUUUUGGAAAGCGGUGAAGAACUACGGCGAGCGAUUCAGCCCUAGUGUAGAUAGCUCACACAUAUGAGUGUAUGCAUGCGGCCUGUCUGCGGGGAGUCCGUCCAUCAUACCAACGUGGAUCCACCGCAUCAGGCACGUACAGUGCUGGAGCAAAGGGUUUUUUGGGCCCUGUCUCCGUGCUGCAGCCGAUUGCGGUACCACUGCGGCGUCAAAGUUUAGUGAGUCUGGCAUUGAUUCCUUUGUUUUUUCCUUGUUUCUUUGCGAAUUGCUGAUUUUGAAUGUGGUAUUGAAGCAGGCUCGGACUAUCACUGGUGUCAUUGUUUAAGUACCGAAUGUGGGUUGGGUAAGGGGUCUGACAGCCCUGCCUCCUUCCAUUGGACGUCUGACAGCUCGUGGAGCAGUCUAACUCCCAAGCAGGUACAAGAGUAUGGUCGCUCAAGGCUAGCAGGAUGACGCCUUUCAUGACUGAUGUGUUCAUGUGGUGGAGUGAUGAUAUUGUGACACGCUCAUUCACGUUGUUGCUGCGCACGCAGCGUGUGACCCUGCGAAUUCCUCACUCUACCCCCUGUAUUUCCUCAUCUUUGCACGGAGCGCUAGGUUUGAUGUGGCUUAGUAAUACGCGUGCAUGUACACGCGCCUGUAGGUAGGAUGUUGUGACGUUUGAUGUGGUGGGUGUGCGUUGUGUGUCAUUCCUUCCACCUGGUUUUUUGCGCCAGUGAAGGACUGUCUGAACCUGUCGGUGUCGCCAGCUGCGACGGGUGCUGUUAAGCGAGAAGGGCGGAGGACAAGUGGCUGGUCAAGCGGAACGAUGGGCUUGCGGGCAUGGUAGCAGCUUGAAGCAGUUCUUCGCGCUGCGAGUAUGGGUGCGGCUGUGCUGCGCAAAUGAUGUUUUUAAGCAAUUGUAGCAGUAGGGUAUAGAGAUGAGAUGUGCGCCUGGGUCGGUAGGAGAUGCCACGUGAGCAGGUGAGGCAACUCGUGCUGCAUUUCUAUUGCGGCGGUGGGCCUCUUUCUCUGCUCGGUGCCUACACCAUGCUUGCAACACAACCAAGAAGUUGCAUUAUCGCGUAAAGCUGAGGGCGGGCGGGCGGGCUGAUGCAAGACCUGACAAAUCCUAGCUCCGCGCCAGCAGCCAGGGGACGGUAUGACAAGAAAGGACUUUCGCGUCAAACGCAAUGUGGGCUGCACCCACUAAGCCUGCAAAACUGCGUCAUCUGUUCGGUUUCCAUUGGC